AUGCCACUCCAGCAGCAAAUGAAGAGGGGAAUCCUCACGGCAAACCGAAGCAGUGCCUCUAUCGAAAAGGAAGCCGAUAGGAAGUUUGCGGAGAUUGAGGCCGAGAGAGAAAAGUUGAAACGCCAAGAGGAGGAAAUUAAAUGGUAUCAAAACAAGAACCUGAGCGAUAUCCAAGAUUCUCUAGAGCAUGACAUAUUUGCAGCAAUGGCACAAGCCAGGGAGGCUUUACCAGAUAUUGGGCUCGUAGAUCACAGGUGA